CUGUUUUUAACCGUCAAAUCCACUAUUAUUUUUUCAUUAUCACUUAAUUAGUUCAUUAAAGAAACAUCAUCGAUACAUUCUUGCCGAUCUAGGAUCUCUAAAACAGGACAGUUAAACAGCUCUCCGUCAGCAGAUUGAUGACCUGAAUAUGGAGAUUGUCUACACGGCAAUGCUAACUGGAACUGCCAGUGAAGAUUUGAGGAAGCAGCUGCUGUCCAAAACUCCUAAGACGAUCUCAUCUCUGAUGACCACAACACAGAUUCGCAUUCGUAUAGAGGAUGGAAUGCGUGAGUUCAUAAUGAAAAACCGAGGAACUAGCCAGAAGCAGUAUCAAGAUUCUUAUGGUGGCAGAGCUGAUUCGAACAGAUUUGGAGGGAGAGAUGCCAAGCCAAGGAGAUGGCGCCGCCUGUGGGGAGUGUACUUGGAGAUAUGCUAUGUAUCUAAAAUAAGGGUACCUAGAUAACUACUCCGAUACCUAAAUUAGAUAUUUAAGUAAGGGAUUAGGCAGUGUUUUAAGAGUUAAGUUAGCAUUACUUGACAAAUGAGAUUUGACUGGGUGCCUAUAUACUUUAACUUGAUGGUUAAGCUAGUUGAGAAUGGUCUCCAGUUUAAUUUUCUCGGAUGUGGCUAUUGUGAGUUAGACCCAAUCUUUACUUAAUUAUGUUAAUUAUCUCUUAGCCAUCUUUAGAUCAUAAUCUAUUGGCAAUCUGUACCAUAGUUUGUGAUAAAUACCUAUCUGCUGCUGAUGGAUAGCUGUUUAGGAGUCUUGUUUUGGAAGGAAAAACAAAAGUCCAAAUCCUUAAGUGUGACUAUUUUGUUCCAUAAUUUGUUCAAUCUUUAAGUGUUAAUGUAGAAUAUCUGUGACAUAAUUAAAUAAAAAAAAAAACUCAAUGUUCCUACAAAACUUAAUGGGUCUUAGAUUUACAACAAGAUUUUCCAUUUGUCGACUUUCCCUUGUUUUUUUAAUGUGUUUCUGCUAAUCUCAUAAAACCAAUGGAUGAACCUGAUGACAUUGGCACCUUACUGCACAAAGUAAUGAUCAGCUUUAUGAGAUUCACCCUUACCAAAUGCACAGAAAGCCUCCCUUUGCAUCUCUUUAACUUAUACCAGUUGAUUUCCCACAACAAAGAUAUUCUAUUCUUUCACUACAUUCUGAAGUCUUGAAAACCGCACAUAACACAACACACAAACCAUCUUAUUUUCUAGGCACAUUCUUCAAUCACACCAGUUUCAACCCCUUAACAUCCCUGCAAUUUCUUUUAACUAGAAAUCUGUAGGCAUGAUUAGUACUUUGUUUUCGCUUGUAUUUGCUGAAAUGGGUGUAAUUUUAACCCUCUUAUUCAGAAGCCCUCUAAGAAAGCUGUUGAUUGUAGGGAUAGAUCAGUUGAAGCGAGGAAGAGGGCCUUUGGUGGCAAAAACUGUGGCAGCAACCUUGCUUGUGGUGUUUAGUGCUGUCUUGUACAGUGUAAUGGAAAUUCGGAGACGUUCUAUGGAAUCUGGUGUUAUGAAUUCUACUGAUGAGGUUCUUAUGGCUCAAAGACUUUUGGAGGCAUCUCUAAUGGGGUUUUCUCUGUUCCUUGCAAUGAUGACAGACAGGCUUCACUAUUAUAUCAAAGAGCUUUAUCUGGUAAGGAAGGAGCUGGAAGAGGUGAAAAGAUCAAGAAAGGAUUGCGAAGGCAAGAAAAGCAGGAGAGCGGAAGACACUGAAAAAAACAAAAGCUAAAGACCCAGAAACUGUUUCCAAAAGAAAGACAAGGGAGGGAAGGGCUACAUUCGAUGUUGCUUAAAAAGGUUAAAACCAGCCAAAAAAGUGGAGUCUCCAGUCUUUAUUUCUCAAUCGUAUUCUUUACUGAUCUAUUUUAUGACUUGAAAUUCAAUACACUAAUUGUGGAGAUAAUUUCUAUUAAUAUUUAUAUUUAUCAAAUUAAUUAACGCUUAUAAAG